UACUUCUUAUUAUAAUCACUCAACAAUACACUCAACAAUACACUCAACAAUACACUCAACAAUACACUCAACAAUACACUCAACAAUACACUCAACAAUACACUCAACAAUACACUCAACUAUACACUUAACAAUACACUCAACUAUACACUUAACAAUACACUCAACAAUACACUCAACAAUAAGCUCAACAAUACACUCAACAAUACACUCAACAAUACACUCAACAAUACACUCAACAAUACACUCAACAAUACACUCAACAAUACACUCAACAAUACACUCAACAAUACACUCAACAAUACACUCAACAAUACACUCAACAAUACACUGA